UAGAGACAUCUCAGCACACAUUAAAUAAAUGUAACUCCGCCGAGAGUAAUUGUUUUAAAAUCAUAUUUUCUUAAUCGAUAAUUCGUGUAUGUGUUAUAUGUGUAUUUAUUCGAAUGAAUUACAUUUAUAUUGUAAGUUUAAGGUUAAAGCACGGACUAUAUUUUCAAUCGCGGAUGGAUAUUGUCACAUGACGCUUUUCCACGUCGCAAUGUUUUCUUGGUAUAAAUACAGUGUCCGCGCCCUUCGUGAAUCAUAUUGAACGCAGAAUAAGAAGAGUUUCUAAGAAGACGUGUUUGUGAAAUUUACUUCGAGGUUAUCGUGUAAAGAUGCAGAUCUUCGUGAAGACCCUCACAGGCAAGACCAUCACCCUUGAGGUGGAGCCCAGUGACACCAUUGAGAAUGUGAAGGCCAAGAUCCAGGAUAAGGAGGGCAUCCCCCCAGACCAGCAGCGUCUGAUCUUCGCCGGGAAGCAGCUGGAAGACGGCCGCACCCUCUCCGACUACAACAUCCAGAAAGAGUCCACCCUCCAUCUUGUGCUGCGUCUCAGGGGAGGCAUGCAGAUCUUCGUCAAGACCCUCACCGGUAAAACCAUAACCCUUGAGGUGGAGCCCAGUGACACCAUUGAGAAUGUGAAGGCCAAGAUCCAGGACAAGGAGGGCAUCCCCCCAGACCAGCAGCGUCUGAUCUUCGCCGGGAAGCAGCUGGAAGACGGCCGCACCCUCUCCGACUACAACAUCCAGAAAGAGUCCACCCUCCAUCUUGUGCUGCGUCUCAGGGGAGGCAUGCAGAUCUUCGUCAAGACCCUCACCGGUAAAACCAUAACCCUUGAGGUGGAGCCCAGUGACACCAUUGAGAAUGUGAAGGCCAAGAUCCAGGACAAGGAGGGCAUCCCCCCAGACCAGCAGCGUCUGAUCUUCGCCGGGAAGCAGCUGGAAGACGGCCGCACCCUCUCCGACUACAACAUCCAGAAAGAGUCCACCCUCCAUCUUGUGCUGCGUCUCAGGGGAGGCAUGCAGAUCUUCGUCAAGACCCUCACCGGUAAAACCAUAACCCUUGAGGUGGAGCCCAGUGACACCAUUGAGAAUGUGAAGGCCAAGAUCCAGGACAAGGAGGGCAUCCCCCCAGACCAGCAGCGUCUGAUCUUCGCCGGGAAGCAGCUGGAAGACGGCCGCACCCUCUCCGACUACAACAUCCAGAAAGAGUCCACCCUCCAUCUUGUGCUGCGUCUCAGGGGAGGCAUGCAGAUCUUCGUCAAGACCCUCACCGGUAAAACCAUAACCCUUGAGGUGGAGCCCAGUGACACCAUUGAGAAUGUGAAGGCCAAGAUCCAGGACAAGGAGGGCAUCCCCCCAGACCAGCAGCGUCUGAUCUUCGCCGGGAAGCAGCUGGAAGACGGCCGCACCCUCUCCGACUACAACAUCCAGAAAGAGUCCACCCUCCAUCUUGUGCUGCGUCUCAGGGGAGGCAUGCAGAUCUUCGUCAAGACCCUCACCGGUAAAACCAUAACCCUUGAGGUGGAGCCCAGUGACACCAUUGAGAAUGUGAAGGCCAAGAUCCAGGACAAGGAGGGCAUCCCCCCAGACCAGCAGCGUCUGAUCUUCGCCGGGAAGCAGCUGGAAGACGGCCGCACCCUCUCCGACUACAACAUCCAGAAAGAGUCCACCCUCCAUCUUGUGCUGCGUCUCAGGGGAGGACAGUGAAAGUUUCCCCUGCUUCUGUUCUGACAAAUGUUUUCAUUUUCACAUGUUUUUUUUAUUGAAGUCAUUAAAGGCUAAAUUAAUGCAUUUAA